AUGGCAACAACCACCGUGACCGGCCACGGGCGACGUUCCUCCAUGCGCCAACCAGAAUUGCAAAUUCCAUCCAAGCCCUCAGACCCGCAACCGACAAGCAGUCCCAUAGACAAGUUUCCGGCCUACGAAGACACAACCGAGACCGUCGGGGCCACUCGCUCCAAUCGAAGCCCCUCCGUAAAGUACGGCGCCAAUGAGUUGUGGGAACCCCGGAAAGCGAGCUUCUACUCGCGCGAGCAUGCGAACGGGACAUUGAGGAACCCCAAACAUCGUCCUCGGAAAAGCAUUAGCGAAGCCAUUUCGACCAUUCGGACUCGCAAUGGUAGCAUGAGCGCCAACGCCCAGGAGCUGGCCGAAGCACUCCGUGCGCCGGUCUCCUACCGACUCACAGUACGUUCAUUCCGGUCCCGAGGAAACGCCCUCUGUGUCGUUUGGUAUCUGACAUCGGCCGUCACAAACACCUCCUCGAAAUCGAUCCUGAACGCUCUUCCCAUGCCUAUAACGCUGACCAUGAUUCAAUUUGCAUUUGUCUCGUUCUGGUGCUUGCUACUGGUGUAUCUUUCCACAAUCAUUCCUCGGUUACGACAAAGUGUCCCAAUCCUACAACACGGGAUUCGCUAUCCAUCCCGGGAUGUGAUUUCUACCGCCUUACCCUUGGCGGUGUUCCAACUGGCCGGUCACAUCCUCAGUUCCAUGGCGACUGCCCAGAUCCCCGUGUCUUUGGUUCAUACCAUCAAGGGUCUCUCGCCCCUCUUCACCGUUUUCGCAUAUCGGGUUCUGUUCCGCAUUCGAUACGCAAAGGAAACCUAUCUAUCCCUUAUCCCACUGACUCUGGGAGUGAUGCUUGCAUGCUCGACCGACGUCUCAACCAAUUUCUUUGGAAUCUUUUGCGCAUUCGGGGCAGCUCUGGUGUUUGUCUCGCAGAACAUUUUCUCCAAGAAGUUAUUCAACGAGGCAGAUCGGGCUGAAGUCGAAAUGCAGAACCCAGCACGACGGAAGUUGGACAAACUUAAUUUGCUGUGUUAUUGCUCCGGGUUGGCUUUCUUCCUAACUCUGCCCCUUUGGUUUGUGACUGAAGGAUACCCAAUGGUCGCUGAUUUCAUCAAUGACGGGGUCAUCUCACUUUCAGGUAAACAAGGGUCCUUGGACCAUGGUGCGCUUGUGGUGGAAUUUGUUUUCAACGGAAUCUCUCACUUUGCCCAAAAUAUUCUGGCAUUUGUUCUCUUGUCAAUGAUCUCCCCCGUGUCGUACUCGGUGGCAUCCUUGGUCAAGCGGGUGUUCGUGAUCGUGGUGGCAAUUGUCUGGUUUGGUAGCUCCACCACUUCAAUCCAGGCAGUUGGCAUUGCCCUCACGUUUGUUGGUCUUUACCUCUACGACCGGAACAGCCACGACGAUGUAGCCGACCAAAGAGCCAAUGCGGACCACUUCCGCGCCCAAAAGUCCAUUCUCCCAAUGAACGUCCGUCAUUCAAGCCGGCCAUGGGACUCCAACGGCUACGCAUUUCCUGGGGGCAGGAAUGUUGACGGAGGCAACAUUGGACCUCAUCUGGCAGGGAAUAGCUCCAAAAAAGAAGACGAUCGGCCCGGCUAUGUUCGACCCAGAGGUGCCAGUAUUUCUCGCACUUGGUUGCCCGGAACCAAACAAGAAUCUACAUGGCAAGCCAAUGACUCGCAAACAGCGGGCUAG